AUGAGACUUUUAGUAAAGUUAGAGGACGAGAUUGUCCCCGACGAUGUCGAUGCUGAUGCUGAGGAAGCAGGCAUUGAUGCUGAGGAAGCAGGCAUUGAUGCUGAGGAAGCAGGCAUUGAUGCUGAGGAAGCAGGCAUUGAUGCUGAGGAAGCAGGCAUUGAUGCCGAGGAUGCAGACGACGACGCCGAUCUAGCUGAAGAGGACUAA